AUGGCUUCAACUUCGAUUAAAAGCAGAAUGGAAUCUUCGCGGAAUCUUUCUUAUAAAGACAAAAGUUUUGUUGGCAAAUGUGAAAGAGAAUUCCGCGAACUCAAGCAGCGCUCAGACAAGUACUUUGACGACUUGGAAAAAGUCGAGGAGAUGUGCCAGCGGGCGAAACAAGAAGUUGAAAGAAUUCAACUGAAAGCUCAAGCCAAAAGAGAGCUAAUAAAAAGAGAUGCCGUCUUCCGAGCCAACUUGUAUUUUGCCGUCCAAGAAAUGACGGGUAAACGAAAGGGAGUGGAAGUCAGAGAAGAGAAAAGUGCGGCAGACGAGAAGAUGCCUGAACCGCCGGCUAGAAACGCUGAGCGGAACACAUUAACUGGUUUUUAA